AUGGCAACAACUCUGGUUGAUGCUUACGCAAGAAUUCACAAUUAUUUGAGAUUGUCUUUAACUGCCAAAUGCAAUUUUAAAUGCACUUAUUGCUAUACUCCUGAUGUAAAGCCACCAAAAGCAGUACCUUAUCAGUUCAUGCUGAGGCUUGUUAGGCUUUUUGCUAGCCAAGGAGUGAAUAAGGUAAGAUUGACUGGUGGGGAGCCCUUAAUUCACCCGAAUGUAGUGGAAAUUGCAAGGGCUGUAAAAUCGACACCAGGAAUAAACCAUUUAGCAAUAACUACAAAUGGACUUUUAUUGCAUAGACACUUAGAUGGACUAUUAGAUGCAGGUUUGGAUUCUAUUAAUUUAAGCUUAACCUCUCAUUUAAAAUUGAAAAUUUAUUUUUUUCGCAAUAUUUAUUAUAAUUUUUUCUUCAAAAUUUUAUUAAAUACGAGUUAGACACGUUGGUCCCUGCCAAAUUUGCUUUUAUUUCUAAAGUUGACGGAUUUCAAAAAGUAUGGCGAUCAUUUGAGGAGUGUUUAGGGAAAUUAAAAAGCAUUAAAUUAAAUUGUGUGGUCAUGAAUGGAGUAAAUGACGAUGAAAUUUUAGACUUUGUAGAGUUGACCAGACACAAUGAUUUCAGUAUGAGGUUCAUUGAGUUUGUGCCGUAUACAGGAAAUCAGUGGAACGACAAGAGGUUUUUCCCAUAUAAAAAUAUCAUAGAAACUAUCGAAAAAAAAUACAAAAUUGAGAGAAUCAACCCUCAAGACCCCAUUGCGAGGUAUUACCAAAUUGAAGGGUUUAAAGGGAGCUUACUCCCCCCCUCCGUGAAUGAAAAAAACCAUUAGAAAAAUCGCUAUUUUUUGCCCAAAAACCCACCCUUCGCGAGUGAACAAAAAUUUUUUUAAUAGAAAAAUUUUUUAUGGAAAAAAUUUUGAUAUAUAAAUGAUAAUUAAUAUAAUGAAAUCUAGAGCUAAUUCUGUUUAAUUUUGAACGAAUUGCCUUUUAAACAUAAAAUUUUAUAAAUUAAAUUAAUAUUUGCUUUCCAAUUUUUGCGAAUUAGGAUUUUUUUAAAUUUCGAAAAAAAAUAUUUUUUAUAAAAUUUAUAUAUAAAUAUUUUUAAAAAAAAAAAUUAAUCCCCCUCCGUGAGUUAACAAAAUUUUUUUGUUCACUCACGGAGGGGGGGAGUUAGGAGUAAUUGCGUCAAUAACUGAGCCAUUUUGUGAUAAAUGUAACAGACUGAGAAUUACAGCUGAUGGGAAAUUCAAAGUAUGCCUAAAUUCAGCAAGAGAAAUAUGCUGAUUUAUAUUAAAUAAUUUAAUGAUAUUUUUAAAAAAAUAUUUAUUUAUUUUUAAAAAACAUUCUCAGAAUUAAAUAUGAAUAAUAUAGAUUUAAAUGAAGAAAUGACAGAUGAGGAGCUUAUAAAAGUGGUAAAAGAAGAACUUUUAAUGAAGCCUAAAGAGCAUGGCGGAAUAAAAAAUAUGAUCGGUAACGGAAAUCGUCCUAUGAUUUCAAUUGGAGGCUAG